UUGUGUGGUGAGUAAUGGUGAAACUAUUCUCGGCAGUUUCAUACCUACGAAAUGCCGCAAAUGCAUGUCCCUCUUUUUCGGCACAGCGUGGCCGUGGCUACCGGGUACUUAUACACGAGCCCACCGUCUAUCCGGACCUUUCUAAGCGCAACAUACGGCUGUCGCUAUCGCAGACGCUUACCGUCGCGCUCAAGCCCAACAUCAUGAUGACUUCGCCGGAGCUUUCGAAGUACAGUGCCCAGAAGCGCCAGUGUUACUUCGGACACGAGCAUCCGCUGCGCUUCUUCCGACGGUACAACCAGGACAACUGUGAGCUCGAGUGCCUGACAAAUUACACGCUGGCUCGGUGCGGUUGCGUCCACUUCUCGAUGCCCCGGACGAACGGGACGCGUGUGUGCCGGUUUGAGGAGGAGCACUGUCCGUACGAUGCACGUGGGGCACUGUUUAUACGCAAACAGAACCGCACCGGUACGGAUGAUUACCUGCUGCGGUGCGAUUGUUUGCCGGCCUGCUCGUCCGUACGGUUCGAUCUGCAGAUUACUCAAGACUCGCACACGGAAGAGCGUGAAGUGCGGACACGGUUUGAGACGUUGGAAGAGCUGCAGGCAAGGUUACAGAUGUAA